GAGCAUCCGAGAGUAGAAAAAAAAUAUCGUGAACCUCCUACUACUCCGACCGCUCGCCUUUCACACAUCAAUUCACCCGUGGUCAUCGAUAAGAGGCUAGGGAAGCAAAAGGACAGACAACGGAGCAAGAAGAUAGGACUAUUUACGGAAGCAAGAAAUAUUCUGCAGAGCUAGCAACUUCCUCCACAAACACACACCUCACAAUCCACCAUGGCCUCAUCACUGCGGUCGCUGGGUUUCAGCAACGCACGACUCUUGUCGCAAAUGUCAUACCACAGCCGCCACUCACUGUCACUAUCACCUGCCAUUGCCUCGGCCGCGCUCCGUUCGCAAUCCUCCCGGCCGUUCUCACAGAGCCGCGCAGCGGCCGCCGCCGACGACGACUCGAAUGCCACGCGGGGAGGAUUCGGUAAUAAUUCUGCGCCCCAGAGAAGAUACUCUCCAGGACAGAACGCAGGACCGAAGGGAUACACUCAGCGGUACACCCAAGACUACCAAGACGGCGCGAGCAGUGCAUCUUCGGGCAGCGCCAGGCCGGCGAUUGAUAACGCGCUCAACAAGCUCAUCGACCGCUACCAGAACCGCAGCCAAAACACCACGGAGCGGCACAGGGAGGAGUACAAGGAGGCCCCCGGCACCGUGAGGCCGACGAUCGUCGGUACCAUCCGCCGAAUGGAUCCCGAGCUCGACGAACGCAUCUUCAACGAGGCAUCGAGGCGGAAUGUUGCCGCGCCCAAGCUCGAGUUCGGCGACAUCGUCAACCCUUACGAUCUCGCGAACUUCGUCCGGCCAAAGUCCAGGAACGCGCUCGAGGGCGACAAGUUCAAGAUCGCGGGGCUUAACCCGCUCGACGCGUGGACUGACGCCAUCUUGCUCAGCGACUACGUCUCUGAAACCGGUCAUAUCUUGCCCUCCAAGGAAACCGGGAACUCGUUCAAGACCCACCGACGGCUGUCGAGAGCAAUCAAGCGAGCCAGAGCUGCGUCACUUAUCGGCGCCCAUCAUCGUGCUAUUCCUCGUCUGUAAUUCGUUUCCGACUAGGAUGAAGCAGAAUCGCACGCACUACGGGUUCCGAGCGUAUCCCCUGUCUGUAUAGAGAAUGCCACAGAAUGAGCUCCUGAAUUCAUGGGAUUUUACCUUGGGCCGUGUUGAUUGAGCAUGCAUGUACAUACUAUCUAUUCAUGUUACUGUCCUUUGUUUGUGUUUUUCCAGUAUACAGUAAUCGGAUCUAUAUCCUUGUCCAUCCUAAACAC